AUGCCUCGCGUCCGGCCGAAGAUUUCGAUCGGCCAAUUCCUAUCCGCCCGACCACGCUGGCCGAUCGUCAUAACAUCCGGCCCCGACCGUUCCGACUCGACCAAGACCCGACUGUCCGGCCGAUCGUCCCGACGACCGUCCGAACGCCGCGGUCGACCCGAAGCCGUUUUUGAAGCCCAAUCCGCACAAUUCAAGCCCAAAGCCGGCGCCGACCUAGCUAGAUUAGGAAGAAACGAAAAGGAACGAGCCAAACUUCACAUGGCCAAGGAAACUCCUUCCCGGAGCCGACUUGACCAUUUUGUGAAGGAAGUCUCAAUCCGCUCGUACAAAUGCUCCCAAACUUCACCAGAGGCUAUAAAAUACCAGGUUGGUCGAUGA